AUGAGGCAGUGUGUCCGGGUCCCGGGCGGGCUGGGGGUCCUGUGGGUCCUCACGGUGUGUGUCCUGGUGUUGUGUGUCGCACCUGCAGCCCCUCACCCCCAGUGUCUGGACUUCAAGCCCCCCUUCAGACCGCUGCGCGAGCUCCAGUUCUGCGUCAUGUACAAGGAGUUCGGCUGUUGCGACUAUGAGAAGGACCAGCAGCUGAGGGCCAAGUACUACCGGAUCAUGGAUAACUUUGAUUAUUAUGGAUAUGCCAACUGCGCUGGGUUCGUGCUGGAGAUGAUCUGCCAGGAAUGCUCUCCAUUUGCAGCUCAUCUAUUUGAUGCUGAAGACCCCACCACCCCGAUAAGGACCAUCCCUGGCCUCUGUCCUGACUACUGCUCGCAAUUUUGGAAUAAGUGCAGGUCCACCAUCCCUCUCCUGUCUGACGACCCACACAUAGCUAAAGUCAAAGAAGACCAGACCCGUCUCUGCCGGUACCUGGAGCUGGACGACGCAGACUACUGCUACCCUCACCUCCUCAGCGACCAGAAGCUCACCCUGAACCUGGGCCGGGUCCAGUCAGACGUGGACGGGUGUCUGCAGCUGUGCCUGGAGGAAGUCGCAAAUGGGCUGAGGAACCCGCUAGCGAUGGUGCACGCCAACGAUGGCACACACCGGUUCUUCGUGGCGGAGCAGGUGGGCUUGGUGUGGACCUACCUUCAUGACCGAUCCAAACUGGAGAAACCAUUUUUGAACAUUACCAAGGCAGUGUUAACGUCCUCAUGGGAAGGAGACGAGAGGGGCUUUCUGGGUCUUACCUUCCACCCCAAGCACAAGUACAAUAGGAAGCUUUAUGUGUACUACUCAGUGGAGGUGGGUUUUGAUGAGAGGAUCAGGAUCAGUGAGUUUCAUGUGUCAGCCCAUGACAUGAAUGUGGUGGAUCAUGCCUCUGAGCGGGUUAUUCUAGAGAUCGACGAACCAGCAUCCAACCACAAUGGAGGGCAACUACUCUUUGCAGAUGAUGGCUACUUGUACGUUUUCACAGGCGAUGGGGGAAUGGCAGGAGAUCCAUUUGGGAAAUAUGGGAAUGCCCAGAACAAGUCGUCUCUAUUGGGUAAAGUUCUCCGGAUCGAUGUGGAUGACAAUAACAGAGGUCCAUUGUACAGAAUUCCUCCAGAUAACCCCUUUGUACAUGAUCGGGGGGCACGACCAGAGGUUUAUGCUUACGGUGUGCGUAAUAUGUGGAGGUGUUCCGUGGACCGGGGGGACCCUCGGACCAAAGAGGGCAAAGGACGUAUCUUCUGUGGGGAUGUGGGCCAGAACAAGUUUGAAGAGAUAGACAUCAUCGAGAAAGGUCGAAAUUUCGGCUGGAGAGCCAAAGAGGGCUUCUCCUGCUAUGAUAAGAAGCUGUGUGCCAACAGCUCGCUAGAUGAUGUCCUCCCUAUUUAUGCGUACCCUCACAAGAUGGGCAAGUCGGUGACUGGGGGCUAUGUUUACCGAGGCUGUGAAUACCCUAACAUGAACGGCAUGUACAUAUUUGGAGACUUCAUGAGCGGACGUUUGAUGAGUUUGCAGGAAGACAGAAACACAGGGAAAUGGAAGUACAAUGAGGUCUGUAUGGGGAAGGGCAUGACCUGUGCCUUCCCUGGACUCAUCAACAACUACCACCAGUACAUCAUCUCCUUCGCAGAGGAUGAAGCUGGCGAGCUUUACUUCAUGUCCACUGGAGUACCGAGCAAUACAUCACCUUCAGGAGUCGUCUAUAAAGUGGUGGACCCCUCAAGACGCGCUCCACCGAGACAAUGCCACUAUGACCCUCUUCCUGUCAGAGUCAAAAGUAACCUCAUCAAGUUUGUUCCUCAGGAAACAUUAACUGGUCUUGAACCACCUCACAAAGCCAAGCCUGAGCCAGAGCCCACAGAUUCCUCCGACUGGCUCCAAGAGCUCAUCGACCGUCUGGGACUGCCGGAUGGUGCUACCCCCCCUUUGCCAACCACAAUCACAACCACCAAACCCCCCAGGCGGAAAGGCAGACGCAGAAAAGGUCAAACCGGAACGGAGAGUGUCCCCGAGCUCCAGAAUGGAAUGGUGAGGCUGGUUGGGGACGAAAAAGGCCAGAGCGACCGUGGGAGGGUGGAGAUCUACGUAAACGGGGAGUGGGGCACCGUGUGUGACGACCUGUGGACCAUCAAUAACGCUGAAGUGGUGUGCCGCCAACUGGGCUUCACACGGGCUCUGAAGGCGGCCAAGAACUCAGAGUUCGGGGAAGGGAAGGAUCUGCGGAUUCUUCUGGAUGACGUUCAGUGUGACGGGACAGAGUCCGGUCUGCUGGACUGCCAACACGCCGGGGUGGGGACCAAUAACUGUGCCCACUAUGAAGACGCAGGGGUGAUCUGUGGCACCUCGGACCACAUUAUAGAAGUCUAAAUGUUUGUCUGCUAUGAAAUCCGAGCAACCAUCAUUAAACCUGUUGUUUUAAAAAUCCAUCCUAAAUUUAAUUCAAUCAGGAGAUCUUUUUUUAAAAGAAUAUUUGCAUCAUGUGCACAAGAUGAUAGAAAUGUGAAUGGUCUUUGGAGACGAGACCCCAUUGUGAUAAAUGAGAUAUCAUAAGGAGGAGGUCCUGCUGUAAGUAGAUCAGGAACUCCCCACCUGUUGUCCUGACACUGGUGUUGAUUUGAUGAAGAUCAGGGUAUGAUAAAGAACUGAUUGUAGCUGAAUUUGUGGGUUAAUUGGCUGUUGGAUAUCAUGGAAAAAUGUAGUUGGUAACUAAAAAAGUGAACACCAAUAAUUAUUCCGAUGAAAAAGCCCACAAAAAAUAACCACAUAACUUUGAGCCAUGUUAUUUUCAGCAGCUAUAAUGGAGAUUAUGAGCCAAAAUGUGCCUUAUCUUGAUGUCAGUCCAACACAUUAGAAAGGGAAAGGGGGGAAAUCGUGUAGAUUACACUGCAACCACAAUACAUUAUGCUCUGAAUAAGGGGCAUGGCACUUAUUGUUCCCAGAACCCCAGAAGCAGGAAGUGAUGUAGGUUUAGGGACAAGGCAGAUCAUCAAAGCAUUCCAGAGGUUAUUUAUGAGGUAACCUAACACUUUGCAGGGGUGGGCUUUCCCUUUUUUUUUUACCUGCCAGUAGUGGUAUCCAUUCUUUUCUAAAUGUUUAUAUAGUCGUUUAUUUGUAAUUGUCCAUGACAGUGUUGAAUGUUUCAUCUAAACAUGUGUGGCACCAUCUCAGUGAUUUGUUACGAAACAUAUUUGACAGUUAGUCUGAAUGUCAUAUUUCCCAGUAAAUUCCCACUGGAUGAAUGUAUGGGUAUGUUAUGAUGUCAUCAAUUUAGUAUACGAUACCUAUACCUGGACCACAUGUGUGUUAAUCUUUCUCAUAUGUUUGCAUUAUCAUUUUUGUCACUUGUAUUGUCUAUGUUGUAAUUUUAUUGUGUUAUUAAUGCUGUACACAUGACAACUAUUGUACGUCGCUCUCUCCGGCUUUUAUAACAUUUUCUUCUGUUAAUUGUGGGGUUUCUUUGGGAGUUCUUCCUGCUGUACAGUCUGUAAAGCCCACUGAGACACAUUUGUAAUUUUUGAUAUUGAGCCAUAUUAAUAAAAAUUGAUUGAUUGUUUGAAAUGAA